CACUGUCAUUACCUCGUCCUCCGCAAUCCUCCUCCUUCUUGCUAUCACAAUAGCAGAACGCCCUUCUCUAGAUUCAGAAUGCUCUCAGGAAUCCUCAUCUUCAAUCAAAAAGGCGAAAACUUAAUAUUUCGCGCGUUCCGCAACGACUGCCGCCCCCGACUCGCCGACGUCUUCCGCAUCCAAGUCAUCUCGAAUGCCCAAGUACGCUCGCCAAUCCUCACCCUCGGCUCGACCACUUUCAGUCAUGUAAAACACGAAAAUAUAUACUUGGUGGCUGUAACAAAGAGCAAUGCAAAUGCCGCUCUGGUUUUCGAGUUCUUAUACCGGCUGGUGGGACUGGGGAAGGCCUAUUUUGGAAAAUUCGAUGAGGAAGCUGUAAAGAACAACUUCGUACUUGUGUACGAGCUUUUAGAUGAGAUACUGGAUUUCGGAUACCCCCAAAACACCGAGACAGAUACUUUGAAGAUGUAUAUAACAACUGAAGGGGUCAAGUCGGAAAGAGCGAUGGAGGACUCGUCCAAGAUCACUAUGCAAGCCACAGGCGCACUCUCUUGGCGGCGCGCCGACAUCAAAUACCGCAAGAACGAAGCCUUUGUCGACGUUAUCGAAGACGUAAACCUCCUCAUGUCCGCGACCGGGACCGUACUCCGUGCAGAUGUGAACGGGCAGAUCGUAAUGCGAGCCUACCUCUCUGGCACCCCCGAGUGCAAGUUUGGACUCAACGAUCGCUUAACACUAGGCGAGGACAACCUACAUCAACCAAGUGGCAACAGGGCAGGGGCGAAGGCGACAAGAGCUGCAGCAGGGAGCGUGACGCUGGAGGACUGCCAAUUCCAUCAGUGCGUGAAGCUAGGGAAGUUCGACACAGACAGGAUUAUCUCCUUCGUUCCGCCGGAUGGAGAAUUCGAAUUGAUGCGAUACCGUGCAACCGAAAACGUCAACCUACCAUUCAAAGUCCACGCCAUUGUAAACGAGAUUGGAAAGACGAAAGUUGAGUAUAGCAUCGCCAUCCGUGCAAACUAUGGAUCUAAGCUAUUCGCCACAAACGUCGUCGUCCGAAUACCAACACCCCUAAACACUGCGCGCAUAUCAGAACGGACAAGUCAAGGAAAAGCGAAAUACGAACCCGAACACAACAACAUCGUAUGGAAAAUCCCCCGAUUUACGGGACAGAGCGAAUUUGUCCUUAGCGCAGAGGCUAGCCUUACUAGCAUGACUAACCAGAAAGCUUGGAGUCGUCCGCCUCUGAGUUUAAAUUUUUCGCUGCUUAUGUUUACGAGUUCAGGGCUCUUAGUGCGCUAUUUGAAGGUUUUUGAGAAGAGUAAUUAUAGUAGUGUUAAGUGGGUGCGGUAUAUGACAAGGGCGGGGAAUUAUGAGAUAAGAUUUUGAUUUAAUUUAGGCUGGUCUUAUGAACCUUGGAAGCAACGCGCAUAUUACUUUCUCGCCUUCGCAUUUUUUGGCGUUUCUUGGACAUAAUUGAAGAUAUCCAGGCUCAAGUCACACUGAGUUCUCUCAAGAC